AUGAGUUGGGCAGGCUUCAAGAAAACCGUCAACAGGGCGACCACCCAGGUCAUGAUGAAGGCCGGUCAAAUAGAACGCACCAACGACCGAGAAUACGAAGUCGAAGAGCGUCGUUUCCGAGUCAUGGAAGCUGCGGCAAAUAACCUCCAAAAGGAAGCAAAGGGUUAUCUGGACUCCCUGCGUGCCAUGACUGCCUCGCAAAUGCGUAUUGCGGAAACUAUCGAUUCAUUUUAUGGGGAUAGCGGAGCUAAAGAUGGAGUUAGUCGGAGUUAUAGACAGGCGGUUGAGGAGUUGGAUCUUGAGACUAUUAAGGCUUUGGACGGACCUUAUAGGACGACAGUUUUGGAACCGAUUUCCAGGUUUUGUGCUUAUUUCCCGGAUAUUAAUGAGUGUGUCAAGAAGCGUAAUAACAAGCUACUUGAUUACGAUGCUCUACGGAAUAAGGUGAAGAAGCUUGUCGAGAAGCCAGAUCAGGACCCAACAAAAUUGCCAAGGGCGGAAAAAGAAGCUCAGAUGGCCAAGGAAAUCUACGAAGCGCUAAACGACCAACUCCAGACGGAACUUCCGAAGCUUAUUGAGCUGAGAGUACCAUAUCUCGACCCGUCGUUCGAAGCACUAGUCAAGAUCCAGUUAAGAUUCUGUGCAGAGGCAUAUUCGCGGAUGGCACAGGUACAGCAGUAUUUAGAUGCCAAUACACGGGAGGAAUAUGCACAGGGACAAUUGGACUCCAGAGUUGAGCAGGUAUUGCAAGAGAUUCGGGAUUUGAGUAUUGCAGGUGGUGCAUAA